AUGGAGGCGUUAGAAACCAGUAUAAAUUAUUGGGAGGACGCGUUGGCUGCGUUCUCGAUGGGGGCUCGUGGUGGGGUGACCGGAGCCCUGGCGCUAACCUCGCCCGAGGAGGCAGAGUUCUGUAGGGAGAUACAGGAUUUAUUGCAGAACGCGUAUAUGCUACAAGAGCGCUGUGAGCUGCUGUUCCUCGAUCAGCGGUCGGUGCUGUUUCGUUCGGAGAGCGGCGGCGGGGUGGAGGGUUCAGGGCGACGCACCAGGUUACUAUCCUCACACACAUCAGAAACACGCAAGGAACAUCACUCUAGCGCUGAAUCAUUCGCCUCCGCUGAAGAUCAGGUAGCGGACUUGCGUGAGUUCGACGACUUGGCUGAAUCAUUCCCAGAGAUUGAGAAGCUGGAACUGUACCAAGCGGCCGUUAAACAGUUGGAACAUGGCAUUCCUUGCAGGACGGUUCGUGCGGAGGUGUUGCAAUGCGGGUCGGAGGCGGAGUUCCUGUGUAAGCUACACUGCGUCCGGUCCGCGCUGGACGUCGCGCUGGGCGGGGCGGGCGGCGUGGCGGGACGCGCCUGGCUGGUAGACGCUGGGCGACAGGUCCUCACUGACCUGCUGCUGUAUGCUGAUAAGGAGCCCAAGGAGUUCCUAGUGUCGUACGAGGAGCUGGUGUCGUGGUCGUCGCAGGCGUCCAACUGGCCGGUGUUGGAGGCGGAGCUGAGCGCCAAGGGUGUGCGCGUGUUGUCGUUCUACGACGUGGUGCUCGACUACAUCCUACUGGACGCCUUCGAGGACCUCGCCGCGCCGCCCGCAUCCGUGCUGGCCGUGGUCAGGAACAGGUGGCUCUCGGACGGGUUUAAAGAGAGCGCGUUAACAACAGCCGUGUGGUCCGUCAUCAAAGCUAAGAGGCGUUACCUCCAGUACCCUGACGGGUUCAUGGCUCACUUCUAUUCUAUAUCGGAGCAUCUCCUCCCUGUACUUGUGUGGGGUUUCCUCGGACCACGGGAAAGGUUGAAGGACGUCUGUGAAACCUUCCAAGCGGAGAUAAUUGGUUUCAUAACAGACAUAUUCAGCUUCGAAAAAUCCAGAUACACGACGGUUGAAGACCUCGCCGAAGAUAUAAUGCAGCACGCGCGCACACGAGCCGCUAACAUUACUGACAAACUAGCAGAGAGAAUAUAA